AUGGAAACUUACAAGUCAAUCAGAGAAGGCCAUCGACGAAUUAUACGUCAGUAUUUACAACGCAUUGAAGCUGCAAAAGAAGAGCCGACACCGACGAUCUUCAAUACGAUAUUGAACAACAUCCAGAAGAAACAGGAGUUUGUGAGAGAGUCAGAUCAAAAGAUUCUAGAGCUACUUCAACCAGAGGAGAUCGAGACAGAGAUGAUAGAGGCCGACGAAUAUCACCUGAACUUAGAGAUCCAGAUUAACAUGUUCAAGGAAUACAGACGUUCGGAGGGCUUUGUUUCAGAGACAGAUAUCAUGCGACCUGAGCAGACGUUACCGGUAUUUCCCGCUAUACAGACAUCGCAACAGACUGUAAGUUCAACCUUUUCUCAUUCGCAUAGAUUACCAAAAUUAUCGCUUCCGAUAUUUUCUGGAGAUCUAUUACAAUGGCAGACAUUUUGGGACAGUUAUGAGUCAGCAGUACAUACUAACCCCUCUCUUACUGAUAUCCAAAAGUUUAAUUACUUAAAAGCCCAGUUACAAGGUCCCGCCGCUAAUACUAUAGCAGGAUUCGCUUUGACGAACGCAAACUACGAGAGAGCGGUCAGCUUAUUACAUGAGAGAUUCGGUCAGGUCCAUAAGAUUAUACAAGCCUACAUGCAAGCCCUGUUAGAACAACCACAUCCUGUCAACACGUUACCCAGCCUCCAGAGCUACUACGACCAGUUAGAGUCCUACAUCCGCGGUCUAGAGUCAAUCGGACAAUUUCAAGAGACUUACGGCUCGCUACUCAUUCCAGUCAUUAUCAGUAAACUUCCGGCGGAAGUACGCAAAAAUUUAACAAGAGAACACGGAAACGUUGGAUGGACUCUAGCAGAACUUCGGAAGGCGAUCUAUAAAGAAAUCACCGUCAUGGAUGCAGGUCAGUCCGUCAUACCGGAAGUGCAUGACAACCCUCGAGUUACGGCGUCUUUUUACACCGGAAGUAGAGGUAAACAAAGACCCCCAAGAAGUUUGGAUAUGAGAAACCCUGCAGCUACUGAAAAGAAAGCCUGUGUGUUUUGCAGUGAACAGCAUUCCCCGAUCGACUGUACCAAGGUAACUACUUACCAGUUCCGUACUGACAUUGUCAAGAAUAAACAAUUGUGUUUUAACUGUCUUGGUAGUCAUCAAGUGUCAAAGUGCCGAUCCAACUUUCAAUGUCGCCGUUGCCAACGGAAACACCACACCAGUAUAUGUGACCGGAAGUCUGCCCAGCCGACAGCUCCCACAGUCCCUACAACCCCAACAACCUCAGAUCAACAGAGAAACCAACAAGCCACAGCCAUACUCCAUUCUUAA